AUGCCUCCGAAGAGCAAGGGAGAAAAGGAAAAAGGAGUGAAGCAGCAGCAGAAGAGAAACAUAGCAGGUGUUUGCACAAAUACUGCCCUGGUGCUGGUGUUUGAGACGGAGGUGUGUCCCAGUUCCCUGGAGGGACAUGGCCCGGCUGAUAAUGAAGUGCUCAAGUGGAGGCUGUGGGACCUGGAUCAGGUGCUGGAGCAGACACGGGAAUACAAGAAAGACAUUCAUGAAGAAAUGACCUGGCAAUACCAGGAGCUGCAGAAGCAGACAGCAGCCCACAGCCAGCGCUUGGAGGCGAAAGUGAAGAGCGUGUAGGAGCAGCUCGCCACUAGGCUCCAGGAGAGCCAGCAGACCCAGGAGACUGCCACGCAGGCACUAGCAGAGAGGGACAGGACCAUUGCCCAGCUGCAGGGCAGGCUCAAUGCCAUGGAGAGGGAGUAUGAGAAGGUCCUCCAUGGUAGCCUGGACCUUGUGCUGGCCAAGAUGGCAGAGGCCAGCCAGCGCUGGGAAGAGGUAGGAACAACCAUCGCCGUGGAGCACAAGGAGUGCCUACAGGAGUUCGGCCUCAAGCCCCUGGAGAUAUAG